AAUUGGUUGAAACAAAAAGGAUUUUUUUUUCAUCAGUUUCACUCUCUACGACAACAAGGAGCAUAUUCUAGCUUUGCACAAUACUGACCCUUAGGAUGUUCUACUGACGUUUCGUCAAACGGGAUAUAGUUUCUUUCUAUUUUUCUUGUUUUAUUUACUAUUCCUAAAUUCAUACUAAUAAUACUAAUAAUUGAAAUUAUACUGUCAAGGCAACGAACUUCAUUGUCACGCUUCUUUGUCACCCAAUUUUUACCUAUACGAAGAAAUUCACUCCAAAUACUCAAUAUCCUCGUCUUCUUUAUACGCUGCGUCCAUUUCAUAGAAAAUAGAAAGCAUUAACUUUUUUUUUUAGAAAAACAAUCGUUUAAUCCGAAAAAUUUACGUGUCUAAUGCAUUGUAACUUGUUUCCUCAACUCUCACAGAAUUGAAACUAUAUUUAAUAUUUUGGUAUAGCUGUAUUUACCAUGAGCCUCCCAAAGAUGUUUCAGAGUCGUGGGAAGCGAAUCAUGUCGGAUACUUUACCAGUUACCAGUUUCUCUUGUAGCUUGGACGAGACAUUUGCAACUCGACGAGAUUCAUAUGGUUUUGGGCAGCAAGAUAGCGAGACUCAGUCGUUGGCAGGAAUCAGUGUCAAGACAGAACCUAUUUUACGUUCUAAAGACAAACAGAAGAUAGUUCUUGCUGUUCUUUUGGAAUUCCGCGAUUCAGAAACAGCCUAUGUUCGUGAUUUGCAUGUUGCAAGGCGGUACUACGCUGAACGAUUAAAUGGACAUGUUAAAAAAAGCGAAUGGAAAAAGGUGUUUCAGGUGUUUUCAGAAUUAUGCCAGCAGGCGACGUUAUUUGAAAGCGAAAUUAGAAAAGCAUUUGACGAAGAAAUUGCUAACGUCGCCGAAGAGGUCCAAGCUUCUAUGCGAAUAAAGCCAUCUGUCGCUAGGAUAUUCCUUAAUUGGCUUCCCAAGCUUUCUUCUGUAUACAGUAGAUACUGUCUUGAUCAAGAUGAUAUCGUUAAGAUCGUUGAAAAAUGGUCUUGUAGUCCUUCUUUGUCUGAUUAUUUACAAGAAUGUGAUAGCAUGGCCAAAAUUGAAAGCAAAUCUUGGAAUUUAGACAGCUUUCUGGUAAAACCCAUGCAACGCUUCCUAAAAUAUCCUCUGCUGCUCAAUCAGCUAUAUAAAUCAGCCAGUCUAGGAAUGAUUCAAGAUUAUGUGUUACUUGGAGAGGCGUGUCAUCAGUCAGAAUUAGCCAGCCAAAGGGCGAAUGAAAUGAAGCGUCGACGCGAUGUAGUAGUUGACGCUUUAAAUGCUGUAACUGAUACCCAAGAAAUAUUGUUGCUCUCUACAGAUACUAUUUCCAAAAAAAUUUCCAAGCUUAAAACCUCGAUAAAUAUUUUCUACGUACCUGAGCAUGAAAAUAUCGUUUCGUUGAUCGAAAAUUUGUUUUCUUCCUACAGCCAGCUGGUCGCUCUUCGCACGUCAAUAUGCGAGUGGAUUAAGCAUUCUCGAAUGCACUACACCCAUAUGCACACUUUUGUCGAUUCCUACGUACACUUUUGCAAAGAAACACCUUCUAUGAGAAAGUGGGUUCCAGUUUCCUUAGAACUACAGAGUAUUGCAAAAGGUGCUAUUCUAUGUCUUGUUGAGCAAUGCCAAAAAGAUGUACUGAAACCAAUGUCAAAAGCCAUUCACUAUUGUCGAAACCCUUUGUAUAUUGCCGAUGUUUGGAUUCGACUUGCUACAGCGUUUUCUAAAAGGCGGCACUCUGGUUUGGCAAUAGAAGCUGAUUUGGAAUUAUUUCCAUUGCUUAGCAAUUGUUUACUAGAAGAGCUUCCAACUCUUCUAUCGUUGACGCGUCGUGCAGCCGACGAGUGCAUCGUGGCUUUUUCAAAAUCACAAGCAACUUUCUUUGCUACUGUAACGAAAAGCUUGACACCUUUUGUGUCUUCGUUUUCGUCUGUAAAUUUCAGCAAUUUGAAAGCCAUUGAGGACUUGAUGGACCAGAGCGUUAAUAAUUCGACAAAAUCGGUUUAAGCUCUCCUUUAAAACACUUUUUUCCAUUACUAUCUCCCCUUCUCUUUCACCUCUUUAAUAUGUUGAGAUGCUUUCUCUUAUUAUGUAUAACACCUGCUUUUUAUUUUCAACUUUCACUUUGUUUUUCCCUGUCCUUUUGUUGUGUAAUGCUAGUCAUUGUUAUUGAAACUGGGGUCAAAAAUCGAUUCCUUUAUUCUUUUACUUUCGGCCGUAUGAAACUCUAUACAUAUAUUAGAUGUUUUCUCUUAUUCUAUUCUGUUGUCUUAAUCUCUGAGACUCACUACAUACUUAACUUAAUACUCGUCUCUUCUCUUAUGUAUUUAUUCCAAUAUUUACUUAAUUGUCUAAUAGUCACCGAAACUCCUUCCUACGUUGAAAUUUUAUCACAAUAAAAGUACUUAAAAGAGA